GUAAAGUGUAAAGGAAAAACUUGAAAAGUUAAAAACAAAUUACAUAUGAUUUAAACAAGAUCAACUUUGUUAAGGGAUAAAAGAACAACAUAAGUUCCGAAUACUCAGAGGCUACAUUUCCUUUUAUAAAAGUGCCUCAUCGAAUAGUUACUCAAAUUCUCAUCUUUCGGGUAGCCUAUUGUGAGCCUUUUUUACACGGGGAUUUCCGCUACCCAAAUUUCGCUUAAAACAGCUAGUGUAGUUCAGUCAACAAGGCAAGGCAACUACCGUCACCACACGGAAAUAACCAACGCUGCUAAGUAUGGUCACCCAGUGGAAAAUGUCUAAUCUUUUAUCUUGAACAAAUAAGUUAAGGAAAUGAAGAGGGAGGUGAACGCAGCGGCAAACUUCCUGAAGCGGCUCGCUUUAGAGCGAGGCCGUGUGGACGAAGCAAAAGCCGAGCACUUCAGCGAGACGCUCCAAAAACUACUGUGCGAGAAAUACGCAGAACACUGGUACCCGGAGAACCCGAGCAAAGGCCAGGCCUACAGGUGCAUCAGGAUAAAUGCGGGAGCGCCCUGCGACGACUGCAUCUUGCGGGCCUGCGAGGACAGCAAACUCCUGCCGUCCCAGUUGCGCUUGCCCCGCGAGAUCACGCUCUGGAUCGACCCACUGGAGGUGUGCGUACGGUCUGGAGAGAACUGCCGAUAUUUCACUGUGGCCAGUUUCAGCAAGAGUGAGGAGGAGGAGGAGAACGAGAACAAGAGUGACAAAGAUGGCAGCGUGUCCCCCUCGGAGAUCGUAAACCUGGACACCUCAGACUACCACUCGGCCAGCUCGUCCGACUGCGGGUCCGAGGCCUCCAGCGAUGCCGAGGAAGAAGGGAGAGAUGGAGAGUCGGAGGGAAAGAAGAAGGAGAAGAAGAAGGAGGAGAAAGCGGAGGAGAAGCCAUUGGCUAUCACUAUGAGGCCUAGGACACGAGGGCCACGCAAGGGGCCAAAAUCUCAGCAGCAGCAGCAGCAGCAGCAGCAGCAGCAGCAGCAAAUCCCUGGGCUGCAGUAUUUCUACCACCCAGCUCCCAUGUGGCCUCAGUAUAAAAAGAAGGGUCCUGUCUUCCUUACCACGGUGUGUGGGCCCCCACCUCCCCCCAUGGUGGGCUACUACCUGCUGCCCAAGCCCCCGCCCCAGUUCAUCGUGCCCCACGCCUCCCUUCAACCGUGGGGUGCAGUGAAGGGGUAAACGCCCCCUAGGCCCACCAGUCUUCCUGCUCAAAAGACCGGUAUUUUCUUAAAUUUUUAUAUGAAUUCCACUGUAUAGUUGUUUUGAAAUGAAAUGAGUCACUGUCAUAUCUGUUCUUUGGGGGGGGGGGGUCAACGGAAUGUCUUUGUUUUGGGUUUUUAACCAAACACAAUAGCUUUUAAUAUGAAGAUAUUUAUUUUUACACCUUUUUAUUUCUUCCUUCCUUACACCUUUGGACUUGACUGUGGGGUUGGAUGGCCAGUUGGCAAAUUUCACACAUUUCAAAAUAGAUUCACGUUACACAAUGUUUGUAUUAAACCCCAUUGAUAUUUCUGUCAAAGAGGGCGACAUGACCGCAUAGAUGACCUCCAAUCUUGUUACCACAGACACUUACAGGCCAUGUAAGGGGCACAUGUAUCAUGAAUUUCUUGAUUUUAAUGAAAGUUCAAUAUGUUGUUAUGUACCGUAUCCUAGAAUGGUAGAGAUUAUUAGAGAUAUAAUAAUAGACAGCCAGUGUAUAUCAGGUUGGUUAAAACAAGACUAUCUAUUCUAUGCAACCAAACAAGGAAUGUAGCUUGUUCUGUUACGGGCUAUCCUUGCACCUAAAAAGCCUCAGUGGAAUCUGACAUUUCAGUCAAAGUUGCAGACAGACCAAAGUAGAAUGGAUAACUCGUGUCAGAGCGCCCUCCAGUGUCCUUUAUGAGUAGUGCUAGAGACGGGUGGAAUGACAGAUUUUGUUUAAUGUUCCAAAGAAAUGUGUUUGCACUGCCUAUUCUAGUUCUAGGUCUCAGGGAUACUUGGCAAUGUCACCAGGGUAUUUUUCCCCUCUGCAAAAAUGUUUGCUCAUCAUUUGUAGUCUUUUUCUUCUGAUGUAUGUAAGACAAAUUAACAUGCUUCUGCUUCAAUGCUUUAUGCAAAGGGUAAAUUGGUUGUAAUGUAACAUGAAUACCUGCUUGCGGACACACACACGCGCAGGCACGCACACACGCAUGCACAAUCUUUCUUUGUACUGUAAAAAAAUGUGAUUCCUGUCAAUGUGAUUACCUGGAGAAUUAUCACUGUGAUUUACAUUCAGAAUCUUUGUGGUCCAUGGCAUAAUUAACCAAUAUGCGCAAACCUGUCAAUAAUGAUGCUCUAUUAUUCUACGUGGCUUGCCUGAAAUCGAAUAUGUACUGUGUCAAUGGGCAUGCUUGGCCUUUUUUGUUUGUGUUUAAUCUAACCUCGUUGGUGCUAUACACAGCUCUGAGCCAUCCUGCCUAAUCUAUUUAUGUCUUUUUUUUUUUAAUCCAAAUGCAUGUGUCUUUGUUUGUUUUCCAAGUCACAAGAAGCUUUGUACAGUCUAUGUAACUGCUAGUUCUCAUUGAAAAAUUGCAAAUCACUUCAGAUCACCUUUCAGAAAAUGUAUCACAGAUAUUUUUGAACUUGAACUUUCUAUGAAACUGGUGUUUUUUUUUCAAUUUUCCUUGUGGGUUUUGUAAUGCAGUCAGUGCUCGUGUUUGGAGCUGUGGCUUUCAUUAUGUUUCUUACAAAUCCCUUCAUACUGGAUCAUUUCAAGCGGGUUAUAAGGGUGCACUUUAAUGUAAAUAGCUUUUGUCUCCGGGGCUGAGAUCCUGCCAAAACUCUGUCCCUGGAGCUGGAUAUUAAUUUAUUGUUAAUAUUUCACUGCCACCCUUAACCAUGUUUGGUUUACUGUACCUUUUGAUAUAUGUGUGCUUAUUUAUUUUAAAUUUUCAAAGAAGAAACAGUCACACUUUUUUCAGUGAUGUUACAUGCCUGUUGUUCUUGGGCGGCAUUAUUCUGUAUUCUCAUUCACAUGCUCAAUCACUAUUAAUAUUUCUUUUAAAAAAAAAUACAAUAUAUGAGAAAAUAA